AUGGAUAAUAAUAUGAAAAAGUUAAAAAUUUCUAGUGAUGAAAAAAAUGAAACUUCUGAAGAAGUAAUUCAAAAAACUGAUAUUAAUCCCAAAAAACUUAAACGAAGAAUGACUAUUAAUUAUGCUAUGAUUCAAAGUUUGGGAAAUAAAAAUUUAAAUGACAAAGAAAAUGAUUAUGAAAUAAAAACUGAGGCGGAUGAAAAUUACAAUAUCCAAAAGGAUAAUAAAUAA